AUGUACGAGAUUAUGACGGCAUUCAAUCUCGACCCGGAGCAGAACUGGAGUGAAGGCGCGCCGUGCUCCGACGACGGCACGGGCAGCGGCUUUAAGGGCGUGAUCUGCGACUCCAACGGCAACCCUCGUGCCAUGAUACCCACGCUCGGCAACUCCCUCGUGGGCCUCAGAUCCCUCCCCACCGCCUUCGCCCGCCUCACCACACUCACCAGAUUAGUGCUCAUCAUGGGACUCAUUAACACAAGACUAGACGACUUCGCCAGACCCCUCUCCUGUUUGCCUAACCUAAGACAUUUAGUGUUGGAUGGGAACUCCUUCUAUGGGCCCGUCCCACCUUACCUCAUUAACUCACCCACUCUAACUGACCUCUCAUUACAGGGCAACAAGCUAACGGGCACAAUAAGGAAAAUCGGACCCAAGCUCACAGCGCUCUUCCUCUCAGUCAACUUCCUCACCGGCCCCCUCCCACCCGCUGCCCGCCGCCUGCGCGUCUGCAACGCCGCCAUGAACUGCCUCUCGCGCACCUCCGGCUGUAACGGGGUAACCGGGUUUCCACGCCGCCAGCGCACCAUCGGAUGCCGGCGGAACCCCUGUGCCAAGCGGAAGUUGCUCAACUCGUUUCAGUGCAAGUGGGCCAAGUCGUGUAUUCCUCAGUAUGGAGAUUGGCCGCCGUGGGAGGUUGAUGCGCUGUCGAACCCGCCUGAUAAGGGUUGGAAGUGCAACUCUUGCCCCACCGGAACUUACGCGACGAGAAGAAGAUGCGUUCCGUGCUCCAAACCAUUGAUAAAACCAUUCUCCGCCCUUCUCCCACGGCGGAAGCAUGCAUCGCCCAAUCACGCGCCUCUUAAGCUGCGCGCACCGCUCGUGCUAAGAGCUUCCGCAACCUCCUCGCAGCGCGAGCCGCCAGAGGGCAGCGACUCGCGGCCGCCGCCGCCGCCAAUGAAAGUGAUGAGCCGAUCCGCGAAGAACGUCCGGCGCAUGAUGUCCGCCGCGUCCCCGCCCGCCCUCGGGCAGUUCCGCCCGCCCCCGCUGCCCAGUGAGCUCCGCCUCCGCCCUUCCCUUCCGCCCUCCCCCCUUUCACCCAACCCUUCCCCUCUUAAUUCAUCCCCGGUCCGCCCGCGUAACCGCCUCUCCGCUCAUUCCCACUAUCCGCCCGCCCCUGAGGAUCAGGCGCUCCAAAGGCGCGCGCCGAUGUUCCCCAUGGGGGCACCUGGGGGAGAAGAUUCGGGGGAAGCGGAGGAGGGGAGGCGGAAGGAGAGGGAGCGGAGGGAGGAGCUGAUCGCGGCAGUGAGAGAGGGGCGUGGCUCCUGGCAGGAGGUCGCUACUGCUAUCAGGCAGCUACAGCAGGCGGGCAUGACGGCAGAGGAGGUGGCGGAUGUGGCAAUGCUGGCGCAUGGCCGAGUGACCGUGCUUGUCGUCGCUGCUCAGGUGUAUGAGUCGCUGCUGCCAGGCGCACAGGAGGUUGAGGGAGACGGGCCCGAAAGCAGCUUUGACGUGGCGGUAGCGUUUCACGCAGAGCAGAGCGCGGAGCUGCUCUAUGAGCUGCGCACGCUGCCCACGGCCGGCCGACGGGUAGAGCAGAGUGCGGAGCUGCUGUAUGAGCUGCUGUAUGAGCUGCUGUAUGAGCUGCUGUAUGAGCUGCUGUAUGAGCUGCUGUAUGAGCUGCUGUAUGAGCUGCUGUAUGAGCUGCUGUAUGAGCUGCUGUAUGAGCUGCUGUAUGAGCCGCUGUAUGAGCUGCUGUAUGAGCUGCUGUAUGAGCUGCUGUAUGAGCUGCUGUAUGAACUGCUGUAUGAGCCGCUGUAUGAGCUGCUGUAUGAGCUGCUGUAUGAGCUGCUGUAUGAGCUGCUGUAUGAGCUGCUGUAUGAGCUGCUGUAUGAGCUGCUGUAUGAGCUGCUGUAUGAGCUGCUGUAUGAGCUGCUGUAUGAGCUGCUGUAUGAGCUGCUGUAUGAGCUGCUGUAUGAGGUGCUGUAUGAGGUGCUGUAUGAGCUGCUGUAUGAGCUGAUGUAUGAGAUGCGCACCCUGGCCACAGCUGGCCGACGGCACUCUUCCCACCACUCUCCCCCCUUCCGGUUGCAGCAAGCAGCAGCCUAUGUGGCCCAGCAAGGGCUGGAUGCAGGGGGUGUGAGAGAGCUGGUGCGCGCCAUGAGGGACCAUGCCAGGCGAUCCAACUCCAGAGAGGGCUUCUCCUCAGCGCCUGGGGACUGCCUGGCGUUCAUGUGCUACCGAGCAGCAGGGGAGAGCAGCGGGGAGGAGCGGUGGGAGUGGGUGGAGAGAGGCUUGGUAGCUGCCGUGAGUGAGAGUGCACGGGCAAGACUGCGAGAGCUGCAGUAG